AUGGUGGAAGAUGAGAGUCUGAUUGAGCAGGUUUUUAUUCAGUUUUUUGAGAAGAAAUGGAGGAGCCGUGAAUGUCAGCUGACGGGGUGGCCAAGGAUUGCUGCAGAACAAAAAUUGAGCUUACUGGAUAUGAAUUUCCUGGAUGCAGAAUUUCUCUUGGAAGAAUGCAAGGAGGCUAUUUUUCAGCAAGGUAAUAACAAAUCAUCUCGGGUAGAUGGAGUUACCUUCUCAUUUUUUAAAUGCUAUUGGAAGCAUGUUGGAGACAGUACAUGGAAGGCUAUUAGUAUUUUUUUUAUUUUUGGGAGUAUGCACAAUGAGUGGAAGGAUACCUUGAUUGUUCUUAUACCCCAAGUGAAGAAUCCAAUUGUACCAUCUAAUUUUCGGCCCAUCAGCUUGUGCCAAACUACUUAUAAGAUUGUUUCCACUAUGUUAGUAAAUAGACUGAAGAAGCUUAUGCCUAAGAUAUGUUCUGAAGAACAGAUGGCCUUCAUUCCAGGCAGAUCUAUGUCUGAACACUGUAUCUUAGCCCAUGAGAUCUUUCACAGGUUUAAAGUUUCUAAGAACAAAAAAUGGUGUAUGGUGGUAAAACAUGACAUGGAACAGGCUUAUGAUAGCAUGGGGUUUCUUAUGGAAUGCAUGGUAAAUGUGAGGUUCUCUAUUAUCUUAAAUGGGAAGAUUCUGAAAUGGAUCAGUGCUUGUAGUGAUGAUGUACUUGUGUUUUCAAAAGCUAUUUGCUCUUCGGCCAACUUAGUGAAGAAAAUUGUUAAAGAUUUUUGUAGGUGGACUGGGCAGAAUGUGAACAUCAAUAAAUUCCAAAUUAUGUUUGGGAAAGUGGUUAGCAGACAUCAAAGAAACAAGGUGGUUGAAAUACUUGGAUUCAAAGUUGUGAAGGAAUGGAAGUACUUGGCUAUCAAGAUAUCUCUUAGGAGAUUAAAGGUGGCAGAUUUUCAUGAUUUCUUGAGCCAAGUUAUGGAUAGAUUAAAUGUGUCAGAUGGGAAGAAGGGCUUACAUUAUGUGACGUGCAGUGAGAUUUGUAAGCCAAGAUGUGUAGGAGGAUUGGGUGUGCAAUCUUUAGCUAUCAGAGCAGGUAUAUUGCGGACUAGAUUGGCUUGGAAUUAUAUCCGGAACCCAAUGACUCUUCUUCACCGAACUGUUACAGCCAAGUAUAGAGAUGUGGUCCUGGACAGGAUCUGUAAAAAAAAUGCAUCUUUUUCUAUGCAAAUACUUAAAGAUGGUGGAAUACAGCUUAAAAAUAUUGUGAGAUGGAAGGUUGAAGCGCUUAUCUCUAAUGAGGGUAACUGGGAUGAGGGAAAACUUAAGAUGUUCUUCCAGGAAGAGUUUAUAUUGCUUAUCAUGCAAGUUAAAAUUGAUACAGUGGUAAAGAUGGAUAGGCUGGAAACUAUCAGUAAGCUGUCGGGUAGAUCUUUAUCAGCCUUGGCAUAUGAUUUUGUGUUUAGAGAUAAAUAUAUGGAUGAUGAUGGAGGUUUUGGUAUGUGGUUGAAGAACAUUAUGUUUAAUAGCAAGGUGGAACUUUUUUGGUGGCGACUAAGUAAAUUUUCUAUUCCUAACAAUCAUUUCCUCAAGUAUAGAAAAAUUGCUAGUGAUGACUCUUGUGCUAGAGGGUGUCAAGAGGUAGAGAAUUAUGAACAUAUUGUGGUUCAUUGCAAAUACCUUAAUGAGGCUUUUUCCGCUAUUCAUGGUUGGGGAUUUGCUCUUCCUAAGUUUCAUUCCCUGGAUGAUUGCUUAGAGGAAAUGAGGAGAAGUUCGGCCAAGAAUAAGAGUAUGGUGAGACUUUACUGCACAGGAGUUUUUUUGUUUUGGAAAAACCGCAACUUAGUGAAGCACGGUAGAGCUGCUAUGACUAGUAGCUUGGUGGCGGCAAAUGUCAUCUCUCUCUCCACAUUUAAAAAUAAUCUAUAUCUAGAUAGCUGGGUACUAAUCUACCACGGGAGUCUACAACAACUUGGCACCCUCCACCGCUAG